AUGGCUCAAAGAGCUGCAGACACAUUACUGACCAGGGCUGGCUAUAGGCAGCAUAGGACUCCCAUAUUUGAACAACUCCGUCUGCCUAAUUGUCUGUUUCAAUCAAUGUUUCCACAAGAAGAGGAAGAUAGAUUUGGAGUGCCGCAUUUUCAAAAAAGAUGGACACACGACUAUUUCUUUGUGGAGCUGAAAGACAUCCCUGUGUGCCUCAUCUGUGGUGAGGCCCUCUCCGUCCUGAAGAAGGCCCACCUGCAGAGGCACCACAGGACGAAGCACAUCCAGUACGAAGAGUUCCAAGGGCAGCUGCGCCAGGAGAAGGUGAAGGCGCUGAAAACGGACCUGUUGGGUAACCUGUGGCCCCUCCAGAUGAUGUCAAAUUGCAACUCAUGUCUUCUUCAAAUUGCAACUCACGUCCUCAAAAUGGUUCAGCCUCCGCCACCUUUACUGCAGUCAACUGAAGGCAACCAACUGUGCCCUGGGCCCCCCGAUCUUUCUCACUGCCAAUGA